AUCUGAUCGGUUUUCGCCAUUGCUUCUGUUCUUCAGAUUUAGUUUGAGUGUGCGACAUUGGCAAAUACCAGCGACCAUAGAAGUCUGAAGGGCAGCUCACCAGUCGCGAUGCCUUCCGUCGCGUCCUCUCCUAACGGAGCCUCAGAAGCCGCGCCUGUGGAGCGCAGGGUUGCUUUGAUCACAGGAGUCACUGGUCAGGAUGGCUCGUACCUGGCAGAGCUGCUUCUCGCCAAGGGCUAUGUGGUUCACGGUCUCAAGAGGAGAGCCAGCUCUUACAACCACCCACGAUUGGAGCACAUCCUGGACCAGAAGUACCCCAACAGCGAGCGAUUCCACCUGCACUACGCCGAUCUCAUCGACUUUGGGUCUCUCUGUGCCAUCCUCAGGGACACAAAGCCACAGGAGAUCUACAACUUGGGCGCACAGAGCCACGUGCAGGUGUCCUUUCAGCUGCCGCAGUACACUGCUGAGGCCAGCGGAGUGGGGGUGAUGAACAUGUUGGAGGCAAUCCGCGCAACAGGCCUGGAGCAGACUGUCAAGUUCUACCAGGCCUCCACCUCCGAGCUCUACGGCAAGGUGCACGCGAUUCCUCAGGAUGAGGAGACCCCAUUCCACCCACGCUCACCCUACGCCGUAGCCAAGCUGUACGGAUUCUGGGCCGUCAAGAACUACCGGGAAGCGUACGACAUGUACGCAUGCAACGGCAUCCUGUUCAACCAUGAGUCGCCACGCCGCGGAGAGAUCUUUGUGACCCGCAAGAUCACCAAGGCCGUCGCAGCCAUCAAGCUCGGCAAGCAGGAGUGCCUGUACCUGGGCAACCUGGAUGCCAAGCGCGACUGGGGCCACGCGCGCGACUACGUGGAGUGCAUGUGGCUCAUGCUGCAGCAGGACACCGCCGAAGACUUCGUCAUCGCCACCGGGGAGACCACCACCGUCAGGGACUUUGCCGAGAGGGCGUUUGCGCGCGCGGGCAUGCCUAUCCGCUGGGAGGGCAAGCCGGGCCUGACCGAGACCGGCGUGGUGGCUGAGGGCGAGCUGGCCGGCAAGACCGUCGUCCGCGUCAACGCCAAAUACUUCCGCCCUGCCGAGGUGGAGCUGCUGCUGGGCGACCCGUCUAAGGCGCGCACCAAGCUGGGCUGGAACCCACAGAAGACCUCGCUGCAGCAGCUGGUCGAGGAGAUGGUCGAUGCUGACCUGGAGAUGGCAGCGGACCCCAACGCUUACCUCAAGUACUGAGUGACCCCCGCUGAGAAUCCCCGCCUGCAAUGCAGUGGCCGUGGGGCCAUGUGUGUUGGAGACUUUGCGCGGAUGUUCACAUGCUGUGUCGUUGACUUCACCUUCAGGGGCUUCUGCGAGCAGAGGCAUCAAUGAUGUCAGAAUUCAAAAGAAUAUGUUAAAGUUGGGUGUAUCUCGUUGUGGAGCAUGCAGGCCUUGUCAGCAAGCGCUGAUGCCCAUGUCACAUGACCUGUUCCGUUGAGGCGCCUGUAAUGGCCUAGUACUGCUAUCUAUUGUACGGAUACUGACUUGCCGCUCGGGUGGCUACAGCCCCUGAAAAUUUGUAGAGCUGCGUCAUGUAGCUGUUUCCAAAAAGACAGUACAGAAGCAAUUGACCGGGUAUCAGCAAUGGCCUGGCAACUGAUAACAUGUCAUAAACCAUUGAUUAAGUCAAAUCGAAGAUCCUGAUCAGCUGAAGGAGCCUGCCCGCGUUGUCAGUGUACGGAGAAGCAAUACACCUGAGCCAUGUCAACAUCCAGGUGGUCUAGACCUUGACUUUGUGAAGAUCUUGCCAUUGUGAAAGCAGACACAUAGGGAAACUGGCGAAUUGUUGAAGUGGCAUCAAGCUUUUUUUCGUGUUUUUAAUUAUGACCAUCUAUAGGUGUCAAGUAGAGCAUGCGAGACAUGCAACCUGUAAGAACAAAUAUGAUCGAUCU